CGGAGUUAGCAGAACAGUGAAGUUUAGCCUAGCAGGAAAUACUGAGGCUGCUAUCACAGCGGUGGAAAACAAAAACCAGCCAACCCAGUUUUAGUUCCUAAUAGGUUCUUAGAUGUGAGUCUCAACAAAAAGCCUGCCGCCUGGAUUCUGGGAAUACUCGCUUACGGUCUGGUUGCGUUUUUCUUGACUCUGGACGAAGGGGAGACCUCUUUGCAACUAAUACACCGGACACUGGCCGGAUUUGGAAUUUCUUUCACCGACUGUAAACGGUGGACGUCUAAGGAACGGCCGUUUGGAAUCAGCAAGCAUCAGUGGGCCUGCCGGCUCCACGCCGGUGUUGAGACAGGAUGAAGAGAUUCAGGCGGCAUGGUCAGGAGUCCCAGAGGGAUCGGCUCAAACAGGAACUCUUCCAGUUCAACAAGACAGUGGAGCACGGAUUCCCCCACCAGCCAAGCGCUCUGGGCUACAGUCCCUCCUUGAAGCUGCUGGCCAUUGGCACUCGCUCCGGGGCUAUCAAACUAUAUGGAGCUCCAGGUGUGGAGUUCAUGGGGCUACAUGACGAGAAUGCUGCUGUCACACAGGUGCACUUCAUGCCCCACCAGGUUGAGCUGGUGACUUUGCUGGAUGACAACAGUUUGCACAUGUGGACUUUAAGAGGUCACAAGGGGCUUUCAGAACUUCUGGAGAUAGGACGCUUCACACUGACUGGACCACCUGGUGCCCCUCCAAGUGUGACCAGAGUGACAGCAGUGCUGGCUCACUCCUCAGGUGAGCUGCUCCUGUUGGGGACAGAAGGAGGACAUGUAUUUGUAGUUGAAGUUCCAGGAUUCAGAGAGCUGGAAGAGAGGAACAUCAGCCUUGAGCAAGUUGCCAGCAGUGUACAUGAUGACUACAUAGGCCGCAGGAAUCUAGAACAUGUUGAGGCCUUACAGGAGAACCCAGUCAGUCCAAAUCAGGUCAUUAUUGGCUAUGGACGGGGUCUCAUGGUCAUCUGGGAUAUGGAGAAAAAGCUUGCUAUCCAGCACAUCCCUGGCACACAGCAACUGGAGAGCGUGUGUUGGACUGAGGACGGAAACUACAUUCUGAGUUCACACAGCGAUGGAAGCUAUUGUCGAUGGCUGGUGGGUGGAGAGGACAUGAAUGAGGAAGAGAAAUCAGACAUUCCUUACGGACAUUUCCCCUGCAAGGCCAUUUCUAAAAUAGUGCAGCUCCCUACAGAAGAAGGGCCUCCAUUCCUGCUGUUCAGUGGUGGUAUGCCCAGGGCCAGUUAUGGGGACAGACAUUGUAUCACAGUGAUCCACGGUAAAACACACGUGGCCUUGGACUUUACCUCCAGGAUCAUCGAUUUCUUCGUCAUCAGAGAUGGACCGCAGCACACCAACAGCAGGCCGCACACACCAACACACUCAGUGCAGAGAUGUGGAAGAAAAGGAGAAGUAGGAGAUCCUAGUGCACUGGUGGUCCUGGUCGAGGAGGAGCUGGUAGUGAUUGACCUGCAGACCAAGGGCUGGCCCAUCAUACAGACUCCUUACUUGGUCCCCCUUCAUAGCUCAGCCAUCACAUGUUCACAUCAUGUCUCCGCUAUUCCCCUCAAACUGUGGGAGAGGGUCCUCGCUGCUGGAAAGAAUCAGAAUACACACUACUCAAAAAAGCCGUGGCCAAUAACAGGUGGUCAGAACCUGGCCCCAGAUCCUCCACAGAGAGAUCUGCUGCUCACAGGGCACGAGGAUGGAACAGUUCGUUUCUGGGAUGCAUCAGGAGUCUGUCUCUAUCCCAUGUACAAGUUGAGCACAGCCGGAGUGUUCCACACAGACACUGACCCCAAUGACAAUAUGAACCAAGGCACUGAAGGAGAGUGGCCUCCAUUCAGAAAGGUUGGCUGUUUUGACCCCUACAGUGAUGACCCAAGGCUUGGCAUCCAAAAGAUCCAUCUCUGUAAAUAUAGUGGCUAUCUGACUGUAGCUGGUACAGCUGGACAGAUCCUGAUGCUAGAGCUGAAUGACGAGGCAGCAGAGCAGACUGUGGAGGCUAAAGUUGUGAAUUUACUGCAAGGCCAGGAGGGAUUUUGCUGGAAGGGCCACACUCAGCUGGACAUCCAUGAAGAGCCAGUGAUGUUCCCUCCAGGCUUCCAGCCCUUUGCUCUUGUCCAGUGUCAGCCUCCGGCUGUAGUCACUGCCCUUGUGCUGCACUCAGAGUGGAAGCUGGUAGCUUUUGGCACCAGCCAUGGCUUUGGGUUAUUUGACUACCAACAGAAGAACAAUGUCUUGAUCAAGUGCACACUAAACCCCAGUGAUCAGCUGGCCAUGGAGGGUCCUCUGUCCAGAGUGAAGAGCAUAAAGAAAUCACUGCGACAGUCAUUUAGACGAAUCAGACGCAGCAGAGUCUCUCUAAGAAAACAUCAUGUUAGCACUGCUACCAAGCUCCAAGAGGCAAAUGCACGUCUAGAGGCUGAAUUGGCUGAGAUGGAGCUGGCUCCCGUCCAGAGGAAAAUUGAGGCCCGCUCUUCAGAUGACUCCUUCACCGGCCUAGUACGGACACUCUACUUUGCAGACACCUUCCUCUCUGACAGUUCACAUCACACACCCUCCCUAUGGGCAGGGACCAAUGGUGGCUGUGUUUUUGUCUACAUGCUCCGCCUUCCUUCUGUAGAGCGCAGAGCAGAUGAGCCUCUCACAGCACAACUAGCCAAGGAGAUCCAGCUGAUGCACCGUGCUCCUGUUGUUGGUAUUGUGGUGCUUGAUGGUCAUGGGGCUCCACUCCCUGAGCCCCUGGAGGUGGCUCAUGAUCUGGCUCGUGCACCUGACAUGCAGGGCUCACACCACCUCCUGGUCAUAUCGGAGGAACAGUUUAAGGUUUUCACCCUGCCAAAAGUGAGUGCUAAGAUGAAGCUGAAGCUGACAGCAGUGGAUGGCUCCCGAGUGCGGAGGGUAGGCGUGGCCUGGUUUAGCAGUAAUCGGACAGAGGACUACAGCGAAAGUGGCUUGGUAGUCCUGACUAAUCAGGGCGACGUCCACGUGGUGUCACUGCCACAUGUCAAGAUGCAGGUACAGUACCCCUGCAUCCGCCGAGAGGACGUCAGUGGAAUCGCUUCUUGUGUUUUCACCAAGCACGGCCAAGGCUUCUACCUGAUCUCUCCAUCUGAGUUUGAACGCUUCUCUUUGUCAACCCGCUGUGUUGUGGAGCCUCGCUGUCUGGUAGAGGCUCCGUUUCAUUUGGGCUCCUCGAAGCAAUACCAGUCACAGCCAGAUGGAACUUCAUUCACUCAUCGAACCAAACAUGACAGUGGAGAUGCAGAAAGUACAGCUAAACAUGUUAUGGAGCAUGCUUUGCUGAAUGAUGAGAAAGUACUUCAGGAGAUCCAGAAGUCAUUAGAAGGAGAUCAAAUGUCAUUCCUGGAGAAUAAUGUGAAGAGUGCUGUAGCAUGAAGAGUGUGUCUCAAGAGUUGAGGUGAAAAGGGAACUGACACUGAUGUAUGUGAAGCGGACUACAGCAACAGAGCUUGCCUCCUGUCUAGCUGACACAACCACUACUGAUUCCUGACCCCUCUUCUCAGAGAUUGAACCAUCCCGCCGCUGACUCUACGCUGUCACAAGCCCCCUCAUAGAGACACACCAAUAGGCUCUUGGCAGAUGUGCUUUCUGAACAUCUAGGGCUUUGAAGACUCACUAACUGUGCAAAGAAUGUGAUGGAAAGACACCACAUGUGCCUAAGGACCAUACACUGUUGCCACAGCAGGGUCACACCCAUUUAACCCAAAGUUACAUGAGGCACAUUACUGGCAUGUGACCAAUGCCAUUUUCCUUCAAACCAGCCUUCUAUAUGUGCCACAGAAGCUACUUGUUGAAAAUGUUUGAUUUAAAUACACUUAUUCUUCUGACAGUGUUUAUCACUACCAGCUCAGAAUCUCUACUUUGACUUUGUUAUACAUCUUAUUGGCCUUCAUGUCCUAGAGAUAAAGAAGAAAGAAAUAUGGUGGGGUGAUUUUGAAUUUUGAAUAAUACUGAUCAAUAUUUUCUGUAGUAUAGAUUUGUGAUUUGUUGUAGGGAAGUCCAUUUUUGCCUGGAUAAACAUAACUAAAUUAUGUCCAAAAUUAUAAAAUGCUAGAUUAACAAUAAGAUGCUGUAAAAGUCAGAUGAGACACCAAGUAAAAACGACAAUAUUUUAACAUAAAAAAAAGUCACAGUACCAAAAAAAUAUAUAAAGUUAAAAAUGAAUUCAAAAGACUGACAAACUUUAAGUUAUUUUUAAUUAACCAGAAGUCAUAAACUGUUGAAUUUUUACAUUUCAUAUAUCACUUUUUUUUUAAACACAGAAGUAUAAAGUAACACAAGUUGUGCAUUUUUGCUCUUUAUAUAAAUCAGUUUUUUUUUUAAUCUCAUAAGUUCUGGUAAUAUUUUAUUAUAUAUUUUUUCAAAACUUUAAUUUUAAAUUUAGAUCUAAAAAUUUGGCACACUUAAUUUUUUUUUUUUUUUUUUUUAUUCUGGGAUUAAGGAGCUUCCAUAUUAUUCAUAAGAACACUCAAGGAAAAAUGUUCCGUAAUGGCCCAGAUGGAAAAAUUAUAUAGAGAAGAAAGUUUGUGUAUGCUGAACCACAGAGAUUUUUUUUUUUUUUUGGACUUAUUUAGUACCUUAGUAAUAGCAUUAUACAUUCUGCUAACACAGUCCUGCACCCUUCCCUCUAUUGUAGUUUAAAUGGGCCAUAAGUACUUCUGCACUACUGCUGUUAAUUUUUUUUUUCCCCUUGGGGAGAUUUAAUAUAGGUUUUAGUUUUAAUCAUUUUUAUUGCCAAUAAUGAAUACUGUAAUUUAGGAAUGUAAUUAUAAACUAUUGUAGUGAAAGCUUUCUAAUGUAUAUACGACUGUACCCGUGGGUCUGUUGUAAUUGGGGCUGGCUGCUAUUUAGAUCACACAAGGAAAUAUUUUGGUACUGUCUCUCACAAUGCUGGGUGUUUUAGCAUCAGUGUAGAAUAUAUUUUUGUAGUGAACUGAUUAAGAACCCAAAUUUUUUAGUAACUUCACACUACAAUUUUCUUGGAUAAAAUUGUUUUUCCCAAGA